CGGAAGAGAAGCGGGCAGCCUGUGACCUCUGUGCUGUGUACGUAGAGAGGAAAGAUGACUGAACAGAGGUGUGAUUGUUCUGCUUUUCUUCUGAACACUUGGCUCGUUUCAGCGAGUUCACCUCGAGAAUAAGGAGCAGACAAAGUGUCCGAGAAACGGAAUGUGGUUCCAGACACACACCAGCGUCUGUUACUGGGCGAAGACGUCGGACGAUGCUAAACGUCUCACCAACUGAUCGAAAUUAGCCCGUGUGUGUGUGUGUCUGUCUUGUGUGCGUUCUUCGACAGACCGGGUUUGUCCUGCUCUCAGCUGCUUGCUGUGUGACAGUCGACGUUUUUAUCGGGAAACCAAACGCCAGGUGUGAAGGAACCAGUUAGCUGCAGUUCUGGGACGCGGUGGUGGCGCUGACAGCCACGUCAGCUAGCUUACAUCUAACCAGCAGGGUCUGUCUGCGGCCAUGGCUCCGAUGGGUAUCCGGCUCUCGCCGCUCGGCGUCGCGGUGUUCUGCCUUCUUGGAGUCGGUGUCAUCUACCACCUGUAUGCCGGGGUCAUCUCCAGCCGCCUGGCCGCUUUCAGACAGAGGAGAAAAGUGGAUCUGAGGGACCUGCUGGCUGUCUCAGUGGAAGCUGCAGUACUAGGUGGCAAAGAGGUGAAGAAGGUGCGUGAGGAAAAUGGCCUGAAGGAGAAGUCAAAGGGAAAGACAAAGGAGGGAGCCAAUGAGCUCCUGACACUGGGUGAUCUGCAGUCUCAUAGAAAGAUGUAUAACCUCAUAAGGAACACUUUCCCUGACGUUGUGGUGAACAGUGAGGAACAUGACGACCUGGUGGAUAAGGCAGCAACCUGGAGCCGGGACAUUCCAGCUGACAUACUGGACAAGAUAGAAGGAGGCAGGAAUGUUCCUGCUGAGAGCAUCACAGUGUGGAUCGAUCCUCUAGAUGCUACACAGGAAUAUACAGAAAACCUUGUGAAGUAUGUGACCACGAUGGUGUGUGUGGCUGUGGAAGGUAAACCAGUCAUUGGGGUCAUACACCAGCCAUUCACUGGGUCCACUGCCUGGGCCUUUGUGGGUCAGGGAUCCAACAUGCAUGCCCGCUCGUCCUAUAGUAUCAGCCCUCCAAAUGUGAUUGUAUCACGUUCCCACUCUGGAAAGGUUAAAAAUUUCAUUCAUGAUGCUUUUGGAAACAGCACAACAAUCACAGCAGCAGGUGGAGCAGGAUAUAAGGUUCUGUCGCUCUUGGAGACACCAGCACGUGAAACAGGUUCUAUAGACCAGGCAGAUGUUUACAUCCACAUCACUUUCAUUAAGAAAUGGGACAUCUGUGCUGGUGCAGCACUACUAAAUGCUCUGGGAGGCCACAUGACAACCCUAAAGGGAGAGAACAUCGACUACAGUGGAGAACCACUCAACAAAGGAGGACUGGUGGCCAGUGUGGGUGUGGACCAUAAGGCCAUAGUGGAGAAACUACCAAGCUGGGACCCUGAGAAGCACUGAAAGACACAAACACAGAGCCAUUGUUGGUGUGGUCAGGUUGUGAUGAGUGCAACAUGUGCAGCCCUUCUCUAGCACUAGGAAUGGUCUGCAGACUUUACCAGGCCUGCACAAUGUCAUCAUGGAGGGACACCAAACAUCUACCAGUCAGAUGGUUUGGAGUCACUGCUACUGCUGCAGGCCACUGAGCACGACCGUGGAAUCAACAUAACUGCAACUGGAAGCUGCGAUGGCUGACACAAUGGCUCUGACUGCACACUCCCCUACAUGCAUACAGCUAGGACAAAUGAUACAUCCUCCUCUUCACCUGCAGACACACACAAACACACGCCCACAGUGAACACUGCACAACAGCUGCAUGGCUGAAUCCCCUUCCUUCAUCUGCAGAGGACAACAGGAGGACUCUAAUGUGAAAUGUUAAACUCAAGAGUACAACACUGAACAUUACAGAAAGUCAGGUGGAGUGACUGACAUCAUUUACUUUUAUCAUCUCAAGUUCCAUCUUUAUUUCAUCACAGUGAUAACAUCAGCUUAGCUCAGUUAGUCAUGAUUGGAGACCAGAAGAAAUGCCCCCCCUGACAAGGAGCACUGAGCCUCAGUGGUAGCACUGUACUACUGUAACAUGGGGUUACUGGUCAGAUGCCACUUUAACAACAAACCUCAUGUUCACCAGCACCAUGAUACUCUGUCUUCACAUGAUCUGCUUCCUCACAGUUGCCAUCUGAGGUGGCACUGAGGUGGAGCAUUUCAGCCCCUAACAGUCCCACCAGAGAGCAUGGCACUGUCAUCUACAGUUCCACCUGAAUAGUGAAUGUGUCUCCUCUUGGACUUGGUUGGUCCAGACUCACACUGUACAUGUCUCUAACCAUGGGUCAGGACUAAAGCUGGUAUAUUUGAAAGAACUGGGUCUCAGUGUAACUGUGUUGAUUUUUAAAGCAGUUCCACCUCAGUGAAUAGAAGCAAAACUUCAGAAUUACAGUGGAAGAAAAUAUUAAAAAUCAUUCAGUCAUUUCUUUUCAGAGUAACCACCACACAUUUCAUUUCAGUGGACAUGUGAGUCGGUCAAAGCGUAUGACAUUAUUUCCCAGCUCAUGGGAAAGCCUGGACAGGAUCAGUCAGUCAUAUUUUUGCUGAAAUAUGUAGCAGCCAAACAGCCCUCCACAAAAAAGCAUGUUUUACUCUGAAUGCAUUAAGAUUAAAUGGUAAAAGGGAAAACUGGGGGAAUAUUUAAGGAAAAGUUUUCCCAGGUUAUUAGUGGGGAUGAGAUGAUGUGGGGUUUUUAAAAACUUGAUAAACAAUGUUGGGGUUUGCGAUUCAAGUCAGUUACAAUACAAUUAAAAGUUCAGUGACAACAAUGGACGAGUGCAGAAUACUUGUGCUUUAUUCCUAUUUUUUCCCUUUUCUGGCUCUUAAUAUGUAAAAACAUAAUAUUUCCAUCUUUUCUUCAUUCUCAAAUAAUAAUAAAAAAUUUCUAUAAAAUAGUUAGCUGCUGUCAGUCCUCCCUUAACAACAUGUCUGGUUUUUCUGUAGAUACUUAAUAUGCAAGCAACUUCUAAAGCCUUUCGACCAGAGAAAAUAGCUGUAGGUCAGAGGCAGUCAAGUUUCCAGUUGCUUUAGUUAUUCAUCUAUUAAGUCAUUAGAAAAUAUUCUCAUUAUUUUCUCCAAACUUCACAGGAAAACUGAACUACUGCGCACACUUCAAUACAGGUGGAGCGUUUUCUACCACUGUAUUACAGGCGUCUGCCAUUUUAAAAAAGGAGGCUCCAGGACACUGAUGUGAAUAAUAAAAAUGAUGGUGCCCUCUGCAGUGUGGAACAGGUGUGGAAUAAUACGUAUGGUUGACUACAGUAAUCAGAAAAACAAACACUAGCUGAUGGAGACUACGCAAUAGUCAUACAUACAUUUGUGAUGUUUGCGUAUUACAAUAUGUAGACUCGAGGAUGGAGGAGGAGGAUGGCAAAGUGUUAAAUGAGCCUUAGUCCUGAGCAGAGGUUGAAUCUGCAGAACUGAAAAACAAUGAAGAAACCAUUGGUUGUCUUUAUCAAACUCACCAUCCUGUAAGUACAGAAUGUAUGAGCUGCACUGCACCUCUCCUGAACAAACAGUGUUGGUUAGAGGAUUGCAUUUCUCAGUGAAUUAUAAGCAGAGGUCCCAUUGAACUGGAUGGCAGUGUAGUCUUUUCAUUUGUGUUUCAGUGGCGUUAUGUAAGUAAGAAAGACGUCAUCUAAAACCCAGUCCAUGGGAAAUGUCAUGUUGAGGACUGGCACACUUCUCCUCCUGCUGCCCCCUGAACGAACUGUGCUAUCACAGCCUGUAAAAUGACACCGCAGUACUAGAGCCUGGACUGUACACUGUGUUAAAGUACAUGUGUACCUGCAUGGUUUUCUUCACUUUUCACAUCACUGAAAAUGCCCCCAGCUCCUCCUGCCUGUGUCUCUGAGGACUACUGUAGGUCCCUCUGUACUGUCUGCCAUAAGUGCAUCAUUGUGUUCAAACUGACACUCCCACAGCCAAUCUUUGUGUAAUGCUCAACAACAAACACUGACAUGAAGUUGGACUUUUUCUGCGAAGCCAUGUUUAAUGAUGGGGAAAACACACCAGCAAAAUAUGAACUCAUCUCAGUUUCUUGAAGAUAGAAGUGAUCUGUUUCAUGUUCAGUUUGUCUCAGUGCCCUUUGUGUCAUUGAUAACCUUAUAUAGAUUAAAACAUGUAUAGAGGGUUAAGAGUUAAAUAUAUACAACAUACAGAGAUAGAUAUAAUAGAUAGAUGAUAAUGAUCGUUCCACUCAGGAGGUUGGGCCUUCAUGUGUUGAAUUUCAUUUAUCUGAUUUGAGUGCCUUUUCAUCUGUGCAGUGUAGUUGAUGGACGACAGUGUCGACACUCAGCAUGACUUCAGUAGAUGUUUCUGUGAUAACAAUGACUGAUAUGUGAGGGUAACGCUGUCACAGCAAUGAAACUGCUAUCACAGUGACAUGGAAAUCAUCUGGAUACUAAUGUUUGAAUGGACAUUUGAAUAUACUCACACUUGGCCUUUGCUACUGUCCUACUGCAUGGAGAAAUUCUUUAAGUGAAUUUGAGGAAGAAGUAAUGAUUAAAGGACACUGCACCUGUUUUACACACCCAAGUCUGUUUACAGGUUUGUUGGGGAACUAAAAAAGUUGAACAAAGUGUUAGCGUCUCCCGAAGGAGCUGUGUGAAGUCUGAUAAAUGUCCUCAAGAGAUGUCACUUGAGUCAGUGUCAGUUGGGUCUGAAGACUAGAGAUUUGUAAAUGAGAUCUCUGCAGCCCGCUCCUCAUCUCCGCAGCUCAAAGCCACAUUAGUCAAUACAAUUAAAAACAUUCAAUUAUAUAUAUAUAGUGUCCACAAAACUGCCCAGGGUUUGGAAUCUGUUCUCUAUACAACAUAUGUAUGUCAUUUUAUUGCUCUGUUGUACAUGCUUAGGGUAACUGGGACUCAAUGAAAAAUGACCCUUUCAGAGACCUCAUUAAAUCCCUACAUACACUGUCCCAAACCAGAGUAGGUUUAAUGUACGGGUCAUCCCAGGCACCUCCUCUGUAAGUUUAAAGUGUUGACUGCUGUGUCAGUUAGGUCCUCUGUUGGUCUCUCUUUAUGUGUGGAGGGUUACAACAGAGAUAAAUCCAGUGUGUCUCUAUCCACUGAUACAGAGCAGCACCAUAAGGCAGAAAUCUGACCCCCAAACAUUUUCAUUUGUCCAAACAGCUAUUUUUAUUACAGUACUAAAAAGUGAGAUCUAAAUAGCAAAGGCUGUGCUGCCGUGUACCUUUCUGUUAAGAGGCUAUCUUGUGUGGAUUGAUGUGGUACUCCAUGUGUAAACUGGCUGUGUUGGUCUGACAGGCAGGUUGUUGUACAGCUGACUGGUCUCUCAUCCUGCUUCUGCUGUGAAUUUCCAAUAAAACAUCAGUGUGCAUGAUGGUA